GGAGGAAGAAGGGAAGGAGGUCGAACCUAACCUCCAUCGUGACACUCCCCGACUUCUUCCCGAACGUUGGGACGAAUUGCGCGUUUAUGCGACGUUUCGUAUGCAAAAUCAUGGUAACGCACAACGUACUUUGACACCGUCGACCUCACAUAAAUUCGCGAUACUCCGUUCGUUCUUGAUACACAUCGAUUUUUUUUCCUCGGGGGGGACAAUUUCAUUCGCGGUUAGCAUCGUCUCGCGCGUAUCGUCAGGACUAUGGCAGACGUGCAUCUGUACGACUCGACAAUUUGUCGACUGUGCGCGGCGAGCAACGGCAACGAGCAUCUGUUCGUCAGCGAGACGGGCGAGCCGGAUCUAUCCUCGCUCGUGAAUCGUUACCUGCCGCUCAAGAUUCACGACGAUGGAAAACUACCACGGACAAUUUGCCCGGGUUGCAACAUCCAGCUGGAGGCGACGGCGCAAUUCUUCGAGCUGUUGGUGGCUGGCCAGCGCAAGAUACGCGAACUCUGGAAACAUCAAGUGGAGAAGCAGCGCAAGGCCGAACGCGGCAAAAAGGAAAAUGCGGAGUUCGAAGUGGAAGGAACAGAAAUGGAUAGCACGGCUCAGUAUAAUGAAGAUGAGCAGUACGAACAGCAAAUAAUUAUUAAGAUUAUGCCAGAUGGAUCCAUGUAUGCGGUGGAGCAUGAAAUGAGUUUGCAGAUGGAAGGCUUGACUAAGCCGAAAAGGAAGCGUGGACGUCCUCCUAAAGUAAAUGCGGAGGACGAUUCUGUGGCGUCAAAAGAGAAUCCUGCAGAAGCUGGGAGUCAAGGUGAAGAGGAUAAGCAGGAAGAGGAAGAAGAAGUGGAUGGCGAUGGUAGACGCAGGAGGAAGCGCAAAGUUCCCAAAAGGUACCUAGAAGCAGUGCAGGGAAAAGAAUUGGAAAGGAUAUUCAAGGAGGAAGGUGUGAUCGAUGAGGAAGACAAUAAUUCUCAAAUAUUUGACGGUCCAGCAGAUCUGUUAAAAUCUUCUAAUCAGGAGGAUGGUCAAGAAGAAGUGAUAGGACAUCUCGAAACGGAAGAGGGUACAGACUUGGGUGAGGUGGUGACUGUAAACCGUGGACGAUCGAAAUCAAAAUUGCGCCGUCGAAAAAAUAAGUUCACGUGCCAACUCUGCGGCAGGGGUUUCCUACAACGUAGCAAAUAUAUAGUACACAAGAGUUUCCAUAUGGGUAUCAAGCAUGAAUGCACACAAUGCAAGAAGCUAUUUGAAAGUAAAGAGAGUCUGACAUUGCAUCAAGAAACGACUAAACACAAUUCAAAUCCUACCGAAGAAAAUGGCGAGGUACAGAAGUCACAGAAGUCGCAUGAGACGCACAACGUAGAGCAGACCACCUCCACGGUGACACCCGAGAUAGCGAAAGAUUCCAGAAAAGCGAUUUAUACGUGCGAAAAAUGCAACAAGCAAUUUGGAUUAAAACAAGAAUACGAAUUGCAUAUGAGAGUGGUGCAUGAGCAGCAGAAAUUCACUUGUAACACUUGUAAAAAGAGUUUUACAAAUGAAUCGGAUUUGAAGACGCACAUGACAACGCACGGGAAAACUAAAUACAACUACCCUUGCGAUAUCUGCGGUAAGGUCCUAAACCAUCCGAGUUCCGUGUUGUAUCACAAGGAAGCCGAACAUAACAACGGUCGUCGUUUCGUCUGCAACAAAUGCAACAAAAGCUUCAAGCAUAAACAGUUGCUCCAGCGACAUCAGCUGGUGCACUCGGAUAAUCGGCCGCACGUUUGUAAAUCCUGUAACGCCAGUUUCAAGACGAAAGCAAAUCUGAUUAAUCAUCAAUCCACCCACACCGGUCAGAAAAAAUAUAACUGUGAACUUUGCAAGCAACAAUUUGCGCACAAGACUAGUCUCACUUUGCAUUACAGAUGGCACAGUGGUCAAAAGCCAUUCAAAUGCAAGGAGUGCGGCAAGAGCUUCUCGCAGAAUGGCAAUUUGCAAGAGCAUAUACGCAUUCACACUGGUGAAAAGCCAUACAGUUGCGAUUUCUGCGGCCGGAAGUUCACCACGUCGUCACAGUUCAAGCUACAUGUAAAACGGCAUACCGGCGAGCGGCCGUGGAAAUGCGAGUUUUGCGCGAAGACCUUCUUGCACAAAGAUACAUGGAAAUGUCACGUGCGCCGGCAUAAGGGGGAACGUCCGUUUCAAUGCAGUACAUGCAAACGUAGCUUUACGGAACAGUGGGCGCUGAAGAAACAUAUUCGUUUGCACACUGGUGAGAAGCCUUAUUCCUGCGAUGUGUGUAACAAAGCUUUCGCCGAUUGUUCAAAUUUGACAAAGCACAAAAAGGUGCACAGGGAGGAUAAGGUGCCACCUACAAACAAGUCGGAAGGAUCUCCGAUCGGCCAAGUGUGGCAGAUUCUGCCGAAUUCAGUUCGGCAGGUUGACGAACGGACGUUCAGUAAUCAAAUAAUAGCCACUGACGAGACAUCUAAUGAUGGGAUUCAACAGAUUAUUUAUGUAUCUUAUCAGGACCCUAGCGAUUCUAAUGAGCGAACAUUCCAUAUGAUUGACGCCAACAAGAACAAAGACGAAAUAGUGGCGAGUGUGAAUUCCUUGUCGCGUUUGGAUAUGGAGAACAAUGAAGUCAUUGGCGAUAGAAUUAUGAGUAAUGCAGCCAGCAGCAAUGACGACCAGUCAGAGAUCGAAUUGACGGAACCAGAUUUGCAGUUGCAGAUCACAGAUGAACACGGAAAUCCGAUUCCGUUAACCAUUCAAGAGGCUCGACAGCUUUUGUCGCAGGGUCAUUUUGUCAGCCAGUUUAACGACAACCAAAUUAUGAGACUUCAUCCUGGAAUGUUCGCGACACAACAACUCCAAGCCUUGAAUAUUCACGUCGACGAAGACACUAUGGAGGAAACUGGAAUCAUAGUGCGUCCGAAUACACACAAGAAUAUCGAAGCAUUGUCGGCAAUUCAAGCUGACGCAGACGCAAUUGUUCAAGCGCUUGAGGACGAGGAUACCGACGCCACGACAGUCGCGACCAUCAAUCAGCUAGGAAAUAUCGAGCAGACUGAAUUCGUGAAUGGUGAACAAACAAUUGAAUUCGUGACUCAGGAUGGACAGAAACUUCGUGUCCUAACAUCGCAGCUCGCUUCAGAGUACGUGACUAUUGCGUAAUAAAAGAAAAAUUGGAUACGUUCGUGAUCGAUGCAGCCUCUGUUGUGAAUAUUUUGAUGAUUAAUCAGAUCCUUAAAGAUUAUGCAAAAAACUUCAAAAGAUUGUUUGACAUCUUCGUUAAAUUUCAAAGAUUGUGACGCAUUUAAAUAUAUCUUGCUACUCAUAAUGUUUCUAAAAUAUUGCGAUAUAGUUUAGUUGAAAUUUUGGCGGAGUUACCGCAACUAGCACAUUUUUUAAAAUUGUUACAAGAUCGAAGGUUGCUUGAAGAAUCCUUACCACUCUAAUUAUAAAUGAGAUUAAGACCUGGUCUUCAGAGUGUAGUAAGCCUUUAGCCUUUUGUUCUAAGCUAUGACUUUUUUUUAGCAAAAAGCGUCUUCGGCGUUACUUUAAACCGUGAUUUGUUCUGUUGGGCCAGAUCAAAGUUAUAAAGUUUAGAGCUUAAAGCAAAUUAACGUCAUAGCUUAGAACUUAUCGUUAGAACAAAAGGUCACAAGUUUUCUACAUCUACUGUAAAUCCGGAUUAAGGGUUACAGAUCAAAAACGAUGUACGUGGGAUCAUAACUGAUCGUUAUCAUAACUGUUAAUUAUUCAGUAAUAAUCUAAUAAUUGAUUUCUUAUAGUAAUAAUAUAUAGUAGUAUAUAAUAAUA